AUGAUUUCACUAACAAUUUGGCUUCUUUUAUGGUCAAUCUUUGUUGUACUUGCUCCGCCCUCAUUGAAUAUUCAUAGUAGUCGAUCUCAUAGGAAUUUAACUCUUCUAUCUUCCAAUUUAUCAAUUGAUAAUUCGGUAAUAUUAAUGAAACAACAUAAGAUGAAAACAGAUCGCAAUCGCACUCAAAUUAACUCUCAUUAUUUUAACGCAGAAUCGUAUCGAAGCUCGUGGACUUUUGUCGAUAAAAAUACUAUACGAGUUCAUUUUCAAUUGUCUGAAUCCUUGCUAGAAUCAAUUGUUUCAACGCGUUUUCUUGUUCGGCAUACGCGCACUAAUCAAAUUCGAACAUUUGACGAACACAGUGAAAUAAUUAAUUCAACAUUAACACUAUAUUUACAUAAUAUAAAGCAUGGCCGACAUACAGUAUGCUUAUUAUUGUAUACAUCGAAAUUCAUGGAAAAUCCUAAUCAUAUAUUUUGUCAAGAUGUUAUUUUUAAUUUUCAAAAAUAUGGACAUCAUGAUAUUGAUUCCGAUGAAUACGGAAAUACGUUUGUCUUUCUUCUCACGCAAUAUGGAAUAGUAGUAGGAAUGUUAUGUAUUUUACAGCUAGUACAUGCAGCACGCAAACGACGUUUUUUACGAAGGAUUUAUGAAAAAGUCAACGCUAUAAGAAAUGACAUGUUAGAAAAUCAUCAUCGUUUAACAGAGAAUAAACCAACGACAGAUUUAACUACACAAUCAAGUACAUUAGAAUCUCUUAUCUAUAAUCUAAGUCGUAGUGCUUUAUAUAAUUACGAUGAACUACAUAUGCAACCAACAAUGGAAAAUAAUGCUAAUAUAAUUAAUCAAUCGCCAGUAACUAAUCGUCAUCGUACAGGAAAUAAUAAGAAUUUAAAAUUACCUUAUAUAUUAGAGGAGCAUUCAAUAAAGCCUUCAUUUGAACAACAGCGAUCUAUGGCACCCACAGUAAAUAUAAAUGAUGAUCUUGAUUUCGACGACGACAUGUUAGAUGAAAAUGAAUUUGAUACUUCAGCAUACGAAGAACAACUUCUUAGUUUUCAAUCCGUAUCACAUAUUCUGGAAGAAAACAAACCAUGGGUGACAAAAAUAGCUGAUGAUGGUACUAUUCAACAUUCAAUAUUAAAUUCUAAGUCUGUGUAA